CAUCAAUGCGCGUUCACGUGGGCCCGAUACUCGCUCACUUGUCGUCCAUCAAACUGUCACAACUUGUCUGUAGAAUUUCAGGAGCACUUUGUUGUAAAUUCGACCUCAGCGUGGAUGUAUUGAGCUGACAGCUGAAGAUGUGGAAGUCAGCAGUUGGCCACAGUGUGACGGUGAAGGUGGCUGCAGAGGGGGACGACUGGGAGACAGACCCCGACUUUGAGAAUGAUGUUUCAGAGCAGGAGCAGAGGUGGGGAGCCAAAACGAUUGAGGGCUCAGGACGUAAGGAACAUAUCAGCGUUGCAGAACUCAGAAACAGGGUGACUGAAGAGCAUGAGCAGGUGAAGCAGAAGGAGCACACUCCCAAAGCAUCCUACGGAUACGGAGGAAGGUUUGGAGUGGAGAAGGAUCGGAUGGACAAGGUGGCUAUGGGGCACGACUAUGUGGCACAGGUUGAACAACACUCUUCCCAGAAAGAUGCAGCACAGGGAUUUGGCGGGAAAUUUGGUGUUCAGAAAGACCGUGUUGAUAAGUCUGCCAUGGGUUUUGAAUAUAAAGCACAGGUGGACCAACAUGCAUCUCAGAAAGACUACUCUAAGGGGUUUGGAGGAAAGUAUGGGGUGGAGAAGGAGAAGGUGGACAAAGCUGCUUUGGGGUAUGACUAUAAAGGCGAGACAGAGAAGCAUCAGUCCCAGAAAGAUUACUCAAAGGGAUUUGGAGGAAAGUAUGGGGUGGAGAAGGAGAAGGUGGACAAAGCUGCUUUGGGGUAUGACUAUAAAGGCGAGACAGAGAAGCAUCAGUCCCAGAAAGAUUAUUCAAAGGGAUUUGGAGGAAAGUAUGGGGUGGAGAAGGAGAAGGUGGACAAAGCUGCUUUGGGGUAUGACUAUAAAGGCGAGACAGAGAAGCAUCAGUCCCAGAAAGAUUAUUCAGCAGGAUUUGGAGGUCGUUAUGGAGUGGAGGAAGGUCGAAUGGAUAAGAGUGCAGUCGGCUUCUCAGACAUGGACUCCCCCACCUCUUCUUAUCAAAAGACACAACCACUGGAGGCCUCAAGUGCAGGUGCAGGGAAACUGAAGGCGCGUUUUGAGAACAUGGCCAAGGCUUCAGAUGAAGAGAACAGGAAGAAAGCAGAAGAAGAGAGAGCAAGGAGACAGGCCAGAGAGAGCCGAGAACGAGAGGAGGCCAAACGCAGACAGCAGGAAGAGAACAGCAGAGAAGAUGAAGUUUGUCCACCACCUAUUCCAGAUGUGGCUCCAGAGUGCAACGUGCCACCAGAAAUGCCCCACCACAUGCCACCAGAAAUGCCCCACCACAUGCCACCAGAAAUGCCCCACCACAUGCCAGAGAUAAAAGAGAUUGCUGAACCUGAACCAGAGCCAGAGGAUCAACCAGAAUACGAGGAGCCCCCUGCCUUGCCUCCACGCUCAGAUGACUUCCUCGAUGCUCCACCACCACUACCUGACAGGUCAGCAGAGGUGGAGGAGGAUGAGGGAGAUUACGAGGACAUCGCUGACGCACCUCCUGCUCCACUGACAGCCGAUGAGAACGACUACGAAGACCUGACAGGUGGCCAGAAGGCAAUAGCAAUUUAUGACUAUCAAGGAGAGGCAGAUGACGAGAUCUCCUUCAACCCUGAUGACGUCAUCACCAACAUAGAGAUGAUCGACGAAGGGUGGUGGAAGGGACAGUGUCACGGUCGCAUCGGCCUGUUCCCGGCUGCUUAUGUUCAGCUGAUGCAGUGAGAGUCGUGCUCCAACAGUUUUUUGCACAAGCCCCACUUGAACUUCAGGUUGUGUUCAUUCAUAAGGAAUUUAAAUUGCAUAAGGAUUUUAAACACUGUAUUUAUAUAUAAAAAAAAUAGCAAAACCAUCAGAAUAGCUUCAGCUGAUUUCAGUACUGUGUAAUAUCUUGCUUAGGGUCUGUCAGUCAGUCAGUCAUUUUCUACCGCUUAAUCCCUGAGCGGGGUCACGGGUGGGGCCGAAGCCAAUCCCGGCCGGCAAUCGGGCGAAGGCGGGGUACACCCUGGACAGGUCGCCAAUCCAUCGCAGGGCGCUUAGGGUCUGUGUCAAUGAGUAUUUGAGGGUAUUACGACCCCCAAAACCACAUUAAACACAAGAUGUUAAAUUCUCUGGACAAUGACUGGUCGAUCAGAUGUCCCUCUUUGUGCUGUUUGUAUGUAUCUUUUAUUGCUGUCCAUUUCUCAUCAGUGUCAAUUUACAAUAGUAUUAAAGCCGAGAGAUAGUAGAAUGA